AUGACUGUAGAACCUGUCGAGAAGAGUGUUCCCAAAGUUGCACCCCUCAGGUCAGGAUAUAAGACCUGGGAUCCUGGGACGAAAGGAUUUGGAGCGGCAGUGGGUAUACACUCCAAGAAGGUGCAGUUCGAGGAGCUCAGGAGCCUUCUGAUGUUAAAAGCUGUCGUGGCUCUAGGAGAGAUCGGUUUAGACCGAUGUUCGUCCGCACCCACGUGGAAGUUACAAGAGGACAUACUAGUGAAGGUUCUACAACUGAGUAUGCCCAUCCGCCCAGUGAUUUUGCACAUGCGAGACGCUGCGGAUCAGCAAUGCGGAGAAAUUGGGGCGAGAUGUUUACAAAUAAUGACAGCUAAUGUUUCCCCGACUCAACGUAUUCAUCUCCACUGUUUUACCAGAACUGUGGAUCAAGUUGUGAGCUGGCUGGAGACAUUUCCGAAGUGCUAUUUCGGAGCAACUGGGCUGGUAAGGGAGUUCGAUAGCUUCCAGAAUGCGGCACUUAGGAGGAUUCCGAAGGGCCAUUCGCUCCCUGAGACAGAUGCUCCCUUCUUUAGACCCUUGCAGGCAAGUGCUAACAUCUCAGCGUUUAUUGGAGAGGUGGCACUGGAGGUCAGUCGAGUUAGAGGGGAAACCUUGGAAGAAGGCUUUGAUUUCACCUCAGCCAAUGCACGUAUCCUCUACCAGAUGUAA